AUGGACGCCGCGCCCCCGACCCCGCGGCGCCUCCCGUGGAGCCCCAACAACGAUGAUGACAGGAAGGUCCGGAGGAGAGAGAAGAAUCGAGUUGCUGCCCAGAGGAGUCGGAAGAAGCAGACCCAGAAGGCUGACCAACUCCACGAGGAGUACGAGUGCCUGGAGCAGGAGAACGCCAUGCUUCGCAGGGAGAUCGCCAAGCUGAAUGAGGAGCUGCAGCAGCUGAGCCUGGCCCUGAAGGAGCACGAGAAGAUGUGCCCGCUGCUGCUCUGCCCCAUGAACUUUGUGCCCGGGCUGCGGCCAGACCCAGUGGCCAGCUGCCUGCCGCGAUGACCCACGAGGACUCCCCUCCCCAUCUGCACACCCGAGCCAGGGUCCUGCAUCCCGGGUGAGGCACCUGGGCCCCCCACCUCCUCCCAGGACCUCCAGGCCUGUGCUGCCAGGCUCAGCACUGGGAUCGCCGCUGGGCCCAGGGACCUGGGGCCACAGACCCAGCAGGAAGCCCCCUCAGGAGUCACUUCUGCCUACUUUGGCAGCUAGCAGGUCCUGCCAUUCUACAGGAACGUGUCCUUUAGGUUUUGGAUAAUAAAACUGGCCAUUGUCUCGCC